AUCGAAAAAAGUUUGCAAAUAAAGUCUACCUACCAGAUUGCGCAUGCGUGAAUUACUAUGAGCGGUUACGUGACUAUGAAUAAAGCCAUGUGUGUGUUAUGCCAGUAAUAUCGUAACACAACACAAAACAUAGCGGGUGGGACUGCAUUACUGAAUUACAGCGACUAGUCACUAGUAGCACAGUGCAUCGGCGUCACCGAAGGUCAGCAAAGAUGGCCCAGAAAAUUGGAGAUUUGCUUGGAAGAUUAGCUAAAGGACCCGCAGGACUUGGAAAAGGAGUUCAAUUCCUCAUUGGGGCAGGAGUAAUAGGUUAUGGAGUGAAGGAAUCAGUUUACACAGUGGAUGGUGGUCACAGAUCAGUGAUAUUCAGCAGGAUUGGGGGUGUACAGGAUAGAAUAUACGCUGAAGGGCUUCAUUUGAGAAUUCCAUGGUUGCAAUGGCCAAUUAUCUAUGACAUCAGAGCUAAGCCAAGGAGGAUAUCAUCACCCACCGGAAGCAAAGAUCUGCAGAUGGUCAACAUCACGCUCCGAGUUCUCUUCAGACCAGUCGCCUCUCAACUUCCCAAGAUCCUUCAGCAACUAGGUACAGAUUAUGACGAUAGGGUCCUACCUUCAAUCUGUAAUGAAGUGCUCAAAGGCGUCGUAGCAAAGUUCAAUGCGUCACAGCUGAUCACACAACGUCAACAGGUGAGUUUGUUGAUCAGGAAGCAGCUAGUUGAAAGAGCCAGUGAUUUUGGUCUCAUCCUUGAUGACGUUUCCAUCACAGAACUCAGCUUUGGUGCUGACUAUACGGCAGCGGUUGAGUCUAAGCAGGUCGCCCAGCAGGAAGCUCAGAGGGCCAUGUUUCUCGUAGAGAGAGCCAUUCAAGAAAGACAACAGAAGGUUGUACAAGCAGAAGGAGAAGCGGAAGCUGCUCAGAUGUUGGGAGAGGCAGUGUCACAAAACCCUGGCUACCUUCAACUGAGGAAGAUCCGGGCAUCACAGAGCAUUGCCAGAACGAUUGCCAACUCACAGAAUCGUGUGUACCUCAAUGCCGGCAGUCUUAUGCUCAAUCUAACGGAGAAAGACUUUGCCAUCAGUGCACUUGAUAAGAAGUGAUUCUAUUCAUUCAGUUUCUAUAUAAAUAUAUUCUGAUGGACUCCAUGCCAUUUGCUCCAGCGACAUUUGCUCUGACAGUAAAUCUUUACAUGAACCCAACUGAAAACUUAAUCAUACUCCCAAUCCUUAUCUCAUUAUUCUGAAGUAAAACCCUCACCCAACUGUUAAUAUUAACAUGGGGGAGUAGAUCAUUUGACAAAGCAUUAUGUUAUCUUAAUUGUCAGUGUGCACAUGAUUUUUUACAUGCCAUCUCUUUGAUAGGCAGUAGAGCACAGCCCUUGUGCAUCGGUCUUACCAAUAAGAUGGUGCAAGGUAUAUCAAAUUUAAGUGUGAUUAAGAUCUAAAUCUUUGUGAAACUGCUACCCUCCCUCCCUACAUGCAUGCCUUCUAUUAAAGACAUUAAGUAAGACAGGAGCAGUGUUCGCAGGAGCAAAUUGCUUUUCACCACCAAUUGAGAUGUUCAUAUUCACAAUGUGUGUUACUAAACCUGCAAAUACCAUACCAUCUAAAUUGAUUUUGAUAUAAAUAUCUGGGUAUUGUUUCAUGAUACUGUUAAUUAUACCAAUUAUACAAUCUAUCCAUACCCAAUUUAAAUUCCCUGUUCUUUGCAUUAUCUGAAAGCCUGGACAAAGGAUUCGGGUCUGUGAGUUUGGGCCCACUUUUUAAUAGCACUGUGACAUUAAAGCAUGCAAUCAAUUUUGAAAAUUAUCUGUUGCUGUAUAUCAAUAUCAAUUUUAUAAAAAUUGCAAUAUGUUACAUCCCAUGUGUAAAGUGUAAUGUAUUGACAAUUUCUUAUCUGUUAAGUUCAGUAAUAAUACUAAGGCAUUAAUUAGGCCCUUUGAAAAUGCAGUCAUUUUGGGGGGAGGGGGGUUGGACAUGUGCAAAAAAAAAUCAACUUCAAGAGACUUUCGACGUAUUAUAAUGUGCUAAAACUAUCAGAUUUUUCUAUCAGGCUCUUACCCUUUGCCUAUUUGAACGAGGAUGGGACCUUUAUUAAUCCUCUGGGGAUCAAAUCAAAGUCUGAAAAUAAUUGCAGUAGUGAAACGAGGCCCAGACAUUCAACUUGUGAUGAUGUACCGAACAGGAAGCACACUUUCAUUAAUCAUGUAUUCAUUAUACUGUGAAGAAUCUGUAUCGGAUGAUACAGAUGACAAAUCAAAAUUUUGCAACAAAAAAUAUUUGAUUUGGUGCACAAUAUUACACAUUUUCAGAAAGACUCCGAGUUUUCUGAGUGUGUGUAAAAUUUGUAUGAUUUUUUUUUACUUUAGGUAAGCAUUUUGUGUUUAAUACAUCAUAAACAAAAUUCUUUUAGUUUCUCAAUCAUUUAUUAAAUGAUUACCAUAAUAUUGUACAAGCUUUUCAAAUGAUUUAUGAUUUUUGAUAGGAAUUUAUGAUUGGUUUCAUUAAGAACGAAGUGAUUUGGUGGCUUGUAUUUUCAUUGAGAAAUACUGAAAGCCUACCAUUUUCAGAUAUUUUGAAGAGUAACAAAUCCUCUCCAGAUUGUGAAUUAUUGACCAAAAUACAGAUAAGGCUGUUUUGUUCUGAUGUGUAUGGUCAUUGUAUAGCAAUCACACCAUGGGGUUUGACUAUAAAUAACAUGAUUAUGUGAAUGUUUGAGAUUUUCUUGACAAAUACAUACUAUUAUGACCUAA